CGUCUCAAAACUCCGGUAACACAAGACAAGACAAAAGUCACUCUUAAGAGAGAGAGAAAAAAACCCCCCCCCCUCACCUUACCCGCAUUGACGAGCCGAGCCUGCUUUUGCUUGAAAGAAAGAGUUUUAUCUUGCAGAGAGAGAGAGAGAGAGAGAGAGAGAGAGAAAGCUUAUUCUUUUUUUUGUUCUGCUUCUUCCUGUCUAAACGAGAGAAAAAAAACUUGCAAAAAUGGUCUACACAAUCGUCGUGCACCUCGUCGCCAAGGACGAUGCAGACUGCAUUUCCAAGCUGAGUGCGAAGCUCGUCGAAGCCAGCCAGGUGUAUUCCAAGGAUAAAGAGACGUUGAGCUGGUUCGUCAUGCAGGACACGGCGGAUAAGCGCAAGUUUUGCAUUGUGGAGCGGUACGUGCAGGAGAGUUCCCAGCAAUACCACCUCAACAAUCCUUACUGGAAAACUUUCGAUCCUUACGUCAUCCCUCUGCUCGCCGAGCCUAUGGAUCUCAGGCGCUUCGAGGAACUCGAUACAAGUGUUCCUGCGGCCCAAUAGCCAAGGUGCGCGAUUUACCAUCAAGACGGAUGUUCAGAUGAGAAAUGUGCCUCGGCGAGAUAUAUAUGAACAAGUGGAAAAUACGGGUUGCGUGAGGAGGAUUUUGUCGUUUUCAAGUGUUGUUGGAACUGAGUUUUUGUGAGUGGGGAGUUGAGAGAGAUUGAGAAUGGUUUGGUUUUAGGUAAUUAAAAAAACAUUUGAAUUGAGCAAGUGCCAUGGCAUCAACACC